GACUCGCACUCACACAUAGACAGCACGCCGUGUAGGCAAGGGAAAACAAAAACAAAACUCACCUCUUCUUCAUCUUCCUACUGCCGCUUUCUUCAACGCCCCCCGCACCACUUGUGCACGCUUGCAGAAGUCACACAACACAAAGAAAAGUCAAGACGCGCGAUGUCGCAAUUGGUGCAGCGCACGGCCAGCAGCCCCACAGUAUGCCCCGUCGUGCCCUUCUGGUCGUGGUAGUUUGCUGUUGCCGUUGAGUGCGGGGACCACGGAAAACCGCGUAAAGCUGACUGAUGGGGAAAAAGGCACCCCAGCCAUUCAGAGCGUCAUAAACAGUGUGUGCAAACUGCGGCACCAGCUUGGUAGCGAUCGGGGUCGGAGGUGUGUCGACGCGUAGUGUGUAGUGUGUGGCUGUGUGUGACACAAGAAAAUAGAAUCCCUUCGGGCAGACUCCAGAUUGGUGGUAGAGUGCGCGCGGUCCUUCACGGGGUAACGAAACAGCGAGUCACGGGUGACGACGACGACGACGCGGUACACAGCGAACGCGGCACAGAAGAGCAACAGUGAUCAUUCUGGUUUCGUCUUCGGCAGCGGCAAGGCACUCGACUCUUCCUCCAGCAGCAGUAGCUGAAGCUGAGCGAAGCAAACGAAACUCUGGGAUAAAUAAUUCGGCGUCGUACAGUUGGUAGACUUACUGCGACAGCCUACUUCGACGGACCCACACAGUAGUGUAAUCGGAAAGGUGGCCUAAGUGUGUCUGUGUGUGUUUGCAGUGGUAGUAUGCAAGUGUGUGAGCACAUAAGGAAGUGAUUUACGAAGCCCUUCUCAUCCUAGCAUGGGAGCCGUGUGAAGCAGUGUGUGUGUGUGUUCAUAGUAAUUAACCAGUAGCGCAAGUAGAGUUGCUAGCGGACUGCCAAACUACUACAGUACAAAGCCAAAACACGGUGAUAGGAUCCAAGGGUCUACCUCUACAGUACAGCGCAGCGGCACAUCACAGCCAUAAACACAAACACAGCAGCCACAGAAUGAGCAACGAACUGUCCUGCAAGGGAAGCCCCACAUCCAGUGCGAGCGUCCGCGCCAGUCUCGUGACGGACGAGAGCCACUUCAGCCUGGCCAGCCUCAACUCUUCCGUCAGCCAGGACGAGUUCUUCCGGUGCCGCGAUCACUCCGAUGUGGUGCUGAAACGAAUGCAAGACUACCUCCAGAGCGAGAAGCUUUGUGACGUGGUGCUGAUCGCUGGUGUCGACGGUCGACGAAUACCCGCCCACCGGCUGGUGCUGUCGGCCUCGUCCGCCUACUUCAGCGCCAUGUUUACGGGCCAGCUGCGCGAAAGCCAGCAGGAAGAGAUCACGCUCCAGGAGGUGUCGGGCGAUGCGCUCAACUCGCUCAUCCAGUACUGCUACACCGGCGCGAUCGAGAUCCGGGAGGACACGGUCGAGACGCUGCUGGCCACGGCGUGCCUUCUGCAGCUCAGCACGAUCGUCGGCGCCUGCUGCAACUUCCUAGCCCGUCAAUUACAUCCGUCCAACUGUCUCGGGUUUUCGCUGUUUGCCGAGCAGCAGGGCUGCACGGCGCUGCUGAAGCUGGCGACCGCCUACACCUGCCAGCACUUCCAGCAGGUGUGGAAAAACCAGGAGUUCUUCAUGCUGGACGCCGCCCAGCUCGCCAAUCUGCUGCGCAGCGAUGACCUGAACGUGCCGAACGAGCAGGAAGUGUUUCACGCGCUGAUGGCCUGGAUCCAGUACGACGCGGAGGGCCGCAAGCGGCACAUCCCGGAGCUGUUGGCACUGAUCAAGCUGCCACUGUUGCAACCUUCGUUCAUAGUGGAUCACGUGGAAGCACUGUGUGGUGGUGCGAACGAGUGCCAGCAGCUCGUGAUGGAAGCGUUCAAGUGGCAUCUGAUCCCGGGCCGCCGGUCGCUCAUUUCCACCUCGCGGACGCGGCCGCGCAAGUCCACCAUGGGCCGGCUGUUGGCGGUGGGCGGUAUGGACGGGCACAAGGGUGCGAUCAGCAUCGAAAGCUACGAUCCGCGGCUGGACAAGUGGACACUGCUGAAGAAUAUGCCGACCCGGCGGCUCCAGUUCGGGGUGGCGGUGCUGGACGACAAGCUGAUCAUUGUCGGUGGCCGGGAUGGGCUGAAGACGCUCAACACGGUGGACAGUUUCGAUCUGAACACGAUGUGCUGGAGCACGCUGGUGCCACCGAUGGGUACGCCCAGGCAUGGGCUCGGCGUGGCAUUCCUCGAGGGACCGCUGUACGCGGUCGGUGGUCACGAUGGGUGGAGUUAUCUGAACACGGUCGAGCGGUGGGAUCCUUCGGCGCGCACGUGGAGCUACGUUGCGCCAAUGUCGGCCAUGCGCUCGACCGCUGGCGUGGCGGUGCUGGGUGGCCGUUUGUACGUGAUCGGCGGCCGGGAUGGUAGCGUGUGUCACCGGACGGUGGAGUGUUACGAUCCGCACACCAACAAGUGGACGCUGCGUGCGCCCAUGAACCAGCGGCGCGGUUGCGUUGGCGUUGGCGUGCUGAACGGGUUCCUGUACGCGCUCGGUGGGCACGAUUGUCCGCCGAGCAAUCCGGCCGUCUGCCGAACGGACACCGUGGAGCGUUAUGAUCCGACCACGGAUACGUGGACGCUGAUUGCAUCGCUUAGCGUCGGCAGGGACGCGAUCGGUGUCAGCGUGCUGGGCGACUGGUUGGUUGCCCUCGGCGGGUACGAUGGCAUCCAAUACCUGAAGAUCGUCGAGCAGUACGACGCGGAAACGAACGAGUGGACCCCGAUCGCCCCGGUCAACUACAGCCGGGCCGGCGCUUGCGUCGUCGCGAUACCGAACAGCUUCUCCAAUCCGGCCUCGACGACCGGUGGCGUGGCGCUGCCCUCGACCAGUGCCGCCAAUCCUUCCUCGCCGAACAAUGCCAUCGCUGCGUCCUCGUCGUCCUCCGCGGUGAAUGUUCCGGUCGCCAACAACAGCACCACGGUUUAGUACCAUCUUCCCAUUUACUCACACUCCUUACUGCCCUGCCAGUGUGUGUGUGCGUCUGUUGCUUUUGUGGUAGUACAGCACCAAAGCAAACAAGUGUGAUUAUUAUCAGCCGAAGCUAACCCCUUCUGCCCCCUCCCUCCAGCAUGAUUCAGCUGCUUAUUACUGCCCGUUUUGUUUCGUACUGCUCCUCCGGUGCGCCCCCUUUGCGGGACUGGUUGCAGCAAACUUUCCCCAAUCAUUGCAUUCCGACCCAGUAAUGACGCAUUCCGCUUAACCCCCAGAGUAUGUUUGCAUGAGCAAAAGCUUAUCUGCGUGUGUGUGUGUGUGCUGUGUGUUAUCAUAAUACGUUUAAGGUGUGUGAUUCUAGGACAGCCCUUCCUCCCAAUUCCCAAUUCUCCGAAGAGUGUACGUGCGCCCAUCGAUGUACGAACGGGUUCGAAUAAUGCAUUUCUGUGUUUUUUUUCUUCUUCUUCUUUUUUGUUUCAUUUCAUUUCCUUCUUUUUUAUGUCUGGUUCUUCCAAUAAUCAUUGUUUGUGUGCGUGUGUGUGUCUGUUCAAACACAUCCAAAUUCAUCCAAAACAACAACAAAAAAACUAUCAGGGAUGGCGCGGAAGUACCAGUGCCAGCAAUUAUUACUACCGCAGACAUUUCCGCAUUUGUGAUUACUAUGUGUAAAAGGGGGACGAGACAACGAAGAAAGGAAGGGAGGAAGGAAGGAAGGUAUUUAAAAAUAAAAGAAGAGAUUUCAUAUGUACUACACAAAA